GACGAGCGCGUGCACUGCCCACAUGCGGGUUUCCGACCAUCGCACUUCUGUGUUCGCACGAAUUCAGUCCGAUGUCAUAUAACGCGAGACGCGUCGAACGAACUCACCGACAGCUCAUGCACGCUUUGCCCCUGGGAAGAUUAUGCCGCACGGACCGUGAUGGGGAUGCCGGAAACACAUUGAGGUUGCGAGUCAUUUCCGGGCCCGUACUAGUACUCAGGAUUGAUGAUAUUGGUGGUCGUUUCGAUGUUGUGGAGAGUGGGGGAAACGAAAUCCGGACCUCAGAUGUCAACGAGCUCCUUAUAUAAAGGUCGUGCGUCUAUCCCCAUCACGAGAAUGUGGUAGAAUCAUUUUGGCAAGGGACGAAACGAGGUGCAAGUCAGCAACUUCGGGCCGCCCGGCGGCGAUGAUUCGGACGACCCUGGGCCUACGGAAAGCCCCGAGGGACGGAUUCACGGCAGCUUCCACCAAUCACAGUGCGCUGCGGACCCAUAGAUGACUUCCAAUGGUUCCCUUCAUGGCACGAAGCUGACUCAUUCCUCUGCCGUGGCUUACAAUUACCUCGUUACACAUAAGUGUAGCCACAGUAACCCCCUCCACCCUGCAUUGUGCUUGUGUGCAUGGGCUAAGCGGCCCGCAUGUUCUGCGCCAGUUUCCGGCUGUAAGGGAGGAAGUAGAGAAGACGAAGCAGAAGGAAGGGUGAUCACGGAUCAAAAACCGACUUCGGUCAUUUCCGAUUUGUCAGUCAAGCAUUUGAGUCAUCAACGUCCGCGUCACUUCAGAAUCUUGUCGACGCAUUUGGAUCACAGAAUCCGGGAGCAUGGCUCGAGAUGUUCUUUCAGACUAAUCACUCCAACGCUUCCUCGGAAUUUACGGGUGAAAUCCGGGAGUCUCGAUGGUCACCGACCGUCAGAAGUAAUGAACAGGGCCUAG